UCGUCACUUUUCCACUUUCCAUUUUGAGAAAGAUAUUUCACUUUGCGUAAUUCGUACGCUGCCAGGCGCCUCUGUGUGUGUGUGUGUGACUGUGUCGCCAAUAGUGCUACAUCGCUCGCGCGCACAAUCUCGGCGCUGUUUUACUACUACUCCUGGCUCGCCCCCUUUUCCCUCUCACAUUUCACUGCCAAGCGUACGCGCGUGUGUGAGCGCACCUUUUAAAAAUAGAAUCUUAUUUCGUUUCGUUUUAUAUUUUGUUUUUGCUUUUAUCACAAUUAUUUCGAUUUUGACGUGCAAAGGAUGUAUGAAUUUUGUGUCCAAAGAAAGCGGCUAAAACGUGGUAACCGUGGAAAAAGUUCAGCUACACCUUUUCGCCUACAGCUUUAGCAGCAACAAGAGCGGGUCUUAAAUGUAGCACAUAAGCAGCCAUUAAGUUUAAAACUAACCUAAACCUAGGGAUAUAAUGCGAUUAUAAUGUACAUAACGUGACGCAGCCCACGAAAAACAUAGAAAGCAAAGCAAAACCGGAAGCUAAACAGGAAUCAACCGCUCAGCAAUACCACGUGCUGCAAGCGACCAAGGACACUUUCGACUUCAUCCGGAACCCGGGGUUUGAUCACUGCCGCUGCUGCCAUUAAUAUGCGUGUAAUUGCGCCGCGUAGAUCGUCAACGUCAGCGGCGGGCAGCGGCAGUCUCUACGGUACAUCGGCGGUCGGCACCUCCAGCGGCAGCACCACCAGCAGCAACUCCACCAGCGGCAGUCACCACAUCAGCAGCACCGGCAGCGGUGCGGUGGAUCGGACCACCGGAGGCGCCGCCACGAACGGUUACUCCCGCAUAUCGAGCAGCUACGACCGCGGCAGUAGCCUGUCCAAGUGGCUGCCCACCUCGUCCGGCGGCUCAAACUCGUCGGGCUACGGCAGCAGCUACUAUCCCAGCUCGUACUCAACGUACUCCGCCAACAGCGGCUCCUCAAGCGCCUCUUAUGCGCCGCGCUCCAGUGUGCAGAGGAGCAGCGUUGGUACCACGUCGUCAACGUCGUAUAUGAGCGCCGGAUCCGGCAGCAGCUCGUCCGCCUACCGCACCUCCUCGUAUCUGAGCGGGUUCAGCUAUGAUUCACCUACGUACAGCCGAUACGGAUUACCGCGCAAAGCGUCGUCCAGAAUUACCACCAACGAGGACAGCUUGAGCGGAUCGGCCAAGAGGGAAGACUACGGUCUACGGCGUGGCCAUGAUACCGCCAAGAAACCACCGAUCAGCGGAGCAAGUGUUGGCCACAACUGCAGCAACAGUGCGAGUAGAGACACCAAAGCCGUCGAUGGCAACAAACGGCUGUCCAGUUCAUCCUCAUCUCCAUCGCUGGCCCGUUUGGUGGCCACCUCCGGACUGGACAUUUACGAAAAGUACAGUCCGGCCAACUAUAAACCCAACUGUGAACUGUCACGUUCCAGGUCGGGGCAUUCUGAGACGGAUCUAGAAAACGGAAGCAACAAAGAGGCGACGCCCACCUGCACGGUGACCCUGGAGAGGCCAAGGAGCAGCACCAGUCGAUACAGCCGCCUGUACAGGAACAGCAGCGAUGCAGGAGGGGACUCCUCGGCUUCCACGGGAAAAUUGGGCUCCGGCAAGUACUCGAUUAGCAGCAGCAGUAGCAGUGGCAAUGUGCCCACGGCCACCUUUACACUCCGAAGCAACCGCACGCGGCGCAGUCAGGAGGAGGAGGCACCCACGAGCACGGAAGUAGAGCAGGCAGGUCCAGCAGCUCCAACACCAACGCCAAUACCACCGCCACCACCUCCACCCACAAAUGGGCACAAGCCGGCUGAGUCGAAUGGCGGACUGGAAGCCAAAUUAAACGGUCUAUCGCUGCUCUCAACUUCGCCCAAAAGAAAUGCCAUUUACGAACGAAAUCAGGACACCACAGAUGAUGCAGGUGUUGGCCAGGAUAGUGCGGACAAUGCCGAUGUCAGCACCUCGGCCACAUUUAAGCUAAACGACAGCAGCAAGACGUUGGCGAGAAGUGGCACUGGGAGUAGCAGCACUGCCCGGAGCGUCCUGCCUCCCAUGACGCCUACGUCAAGUCGGUACUGGGAUCGGGACAGCGGCACCAGCCGCAGCAGCAUAGGCACCUCCUCCGCACUGAACUCGUCAUCCCUGAAACAUAACUUGGAUGAUGGCUACAAGAGCGCCUCCUCUUCGCGGGAUGAGAAGUCCGAAGGUCUGUGCGGUCUGCGAAACAUUGGGAACACAUGCUUUAUGAACUCGGUCAUCCAGUGCCUGAGUCACACUCAAGAGCUGACCCGCUUCUUGCGGUCGCACCACGGCUCUCGCUCGUUAUCCACCAAGGAUCAGCAGAUACUCCACGAAUUUGCCAAACUCAUUCAGGAGAUGUGGACCUCUAACGUGCACACGGUGACGCCCAUGGAGCUAAAGAGGGCGUUCUCGACCAAACAUCGCAUGUACAGCGACUACAACCAACAGGAUGCGCAGGAGUUCCUGCGUUUUUUCCUUGACUCGCUGCAUUCGGCCCUCAAUUCGGGCGUCAAGGGUGAGACGCUCAACAUUGACGAUAAUCUCAGUGACAAUAAAAAGGCGGACUUGACCUGGGAGUGGUAUACGCGGCACGAGAACUCUUUGGUGCGCGACCUAUUUGUGGGUCAGCUCAAAAGCACACUGAAGUGCACCACCUGCGGCAACACCAGCGUCACCUUCGAUCCGUUCUGGGAUCUGAGCGUACCGUUGCCGUCUUCUUCCCGCUGCAAGCUAGAUGCUUGCCUCGACCUCUUUAUCCGCGAAGAGGUCCUUGACGGCGACGAAAUGCCCACGUGCGCCAAGUGCAAGACGCGGCGAAAAUGCACCAAGAGCUUCACCAUUCAGCGUUUCCCCAAAUAUCUGGUUAUACACCUAAAACGCUUUUCGGAGACACGCUGGAGCAAGCUGUCCAACAUCGUUGAAUUUCCCACAUCAGACAGCGAGCUGAACAUGGGCUCCUAUGGCGCCAACUCCAACUCGAAUGUGCAUUACUCGCUUUAUGCGAUAUCUAAUCAUAUGGGGUCAACGGCUGGUGGUCAUUAUGUUGCCCUUUGCAAGCAUCCAGUUUCCCGCAAGUGGCACGAAUUUAAUGAUAAUAUAGUCAGCGAUGCCUUGUCCGAAAACCAUCUUGUUUCAUCCAGUGCCUAUAUUCUUUUCUACGAGCGUACGUAAGGCCCAGUCCGUGCUCUACGUGCAGGUGCCGUGUCGAGUACAAUGGGGUUACAGAUGUCCCGGCGGACUCUGCAGAUAGCGAUGGAAAUCAAGAUGACCAUGUGGUUAGAUGAAAGCAGGAGGAAAUGGAUCAAACGAACUUUUAGAAACGCUUCGUAGAAUUGCAUACAAACAAUUUACUUAAUUUAACUCAACUUAAAAGCAAAACAAACUAACUCCUAACUUAAAGCAGAAACCAAAACAAAAACGGAAAACUGAAGAAAAGUGCAUAAAAAACCAGAACAAAUGUACAUAUACAAAAACGAACUUCGAUGGCUAAACUAUACAACUAAAGGAACAAGAAUAUAACUCCGACGAAAAACAAUGAAUCUGUGCAAUAACAACUUUCGGCAAACCAAGCAACCUCAAGCCCCAGGAUAAACGCAAGAGAAUCUAAUGCUAAGUAGUAACAGGAAUUCUUUUGUAAGGAUACUGAAAGCUAUCAAUAUUUCUCUCUUUCUAAGUGUUAUUUAAUUAAAACUAAAUUUUCAAUUUGCAUCGACGUA